CUUUCAAUGCCUUUGGUCAAUUUCGUAGAGUCUAUUAUGUACUAUAUUGUUGUACAGUUAUGUUUUGAUAAGAUGAUUCUGUCAUGAGAAUCUUCAUGGAUGUAUAACAUACUGAUUUUUUUUUUUGAUAACUGAGCAAUCCACUGGGUCACGGUUCAAAACUCGGUGAGUAGUGGCUCUGACCCUUCUCCAUUUAAACAUGGUAAUUUACAAAGAUUAUUACCCCUCUAACUCAGUUGUGCAGCCAGAAAUUUAUGAAGGGUGUCCAAACUUUAGAUAGUAAAUAUUUUAAAAGAAUUAAUUCUAUAGGGAUUAGAUCUUGCUUGCAUACUUCUGCACCCAAUUGGCACUGAGCUACUGCUCACUUCACAUGAAAGUUGCAAGGAAUCGAACCUGGGAGCCGCCGUGUAAGUUUCGUGCAUAACCUUGCCACUGUGCUUUGGGUCUCCAUUGGUUCCGAGGGUGUUCAAAAUACUAUAUAUAUCAAUAUAAAGUAUGACUUGACCCAUAUAUAUUGUAGUUUUCCAACGAAGUGUGUCCAGCUGGACACCUUGACACCACCGUAGCUCCGCUCCUGCUCUAACCUUCUUUACUUGUGCUCUGCCUACGUAAGUGUCCCAUAGACUUCAGAUGACUUCAGAUCUAGCUUCUGAUGUGUGAGUUUUCUUCAUCGUCCAUCAUCUUGCAUAGCCUUUGUAAUUGACAUGGCUGACUUUUGUUCCAUUAUGAGACAACAUUUGAAUAUCUAUAAUGACAAUGCAAUACCCACCUAUAUAGAUGCAAUGAAAUCUGGGUAGGAUGGGUGAGGCUUUGACCAGAUAACAUUGGGAUUGUGCCAAAUUACUACAUCCAAUAUUUAUUUUUCAGAGAUAUUGACUAUGCUGCUGGGAAAUAUCGCUGACCUAGCUACCAAAGCUUGUGUGGAGUAGUAUUGGAAGUUACACAAAGAUUGAUAUGUAGGUAUCAGUUGGGUAGUAACAGAAGCCUAGCUAAUUAAACAACUGAAGGACCUCCUCGAAUUAUUGCAGAAGUUAAGGUCUCUUAAUCAUUGCUAAAUAGCCAUCUGGUAAGAUUUGUUCCUAUGAAAAAUAGAAGAGAAUUUUUUAUUGAAUUGGUGUAUCUACAGUAUGAUACAGAGCCCUAUUUUUAGACACUACAUUACAAUCCUUAUUUAAGGAUUCUAUUUACUAAUCCUAUUCUUAUUCUAACACUCCCCCUCAAGCUUAUGCAUACAAGUCAUAUGUACCAAGCUUGUUACUGAUGUAACUAAUAUGAGGACCGGUGAGAGACUUGGUGAAGAUAUCUCCAAGCUGAUCACUCAGGCAGCUGCUUAGGUCACUGGAAAACUGCACAGUGAUGGCUGUUUUCACUGGAAUGAUGCACAAUGUUUCUUGCAGCAAAUCUAAGAAAGGCAGGGGGAAAUAUCGAUCCAUAAACGUGGAAAUGAAAACCAAAUAUGGUAGCAAAAUCACAGUUCAUAUUCCGGAUGACAUUGAUAGAGCUGUAGGUCCUGGGGCUAGAGAUAUUGUCAAUUAUUGUGGCUUAACCAUGAGGAGCACUAUCUCGUUUAGAGAUGGUGAUUGGGCUACAAUUUUUGCAAAAGAUGGAGAAAAAAUGUGGCUGAAAGUGAAGGAGAAAUUUGAAGUAGGUGGUGGUAGGGGAGAGAAUGUGUUGCAGGGUUUUGUGGCCAGCACUAUGAAAAGGCUUUUUAGAACGUGGAAGACUCGGUUGCAUGCUGAAUACUUGCGUUAUAAUACUGAUGAGGAGAGACUGUCCCAUCCGCCAAAAGAUGUUGUGCCUGAGGAUUGGGAAUUUCUUAUACAAUAUUUUGGAAGCCAGUCAUUCAAGGCUAAAAGCGAGAGAAAUAAAAUAAACAGGAAAAAGCAAACAACAAAGCAUUUAUGUGGUUCAAAGUCUUUUGCAGAAGUAGAGGAAUCACUGAGAGAUCCUCUUACCGGAGAAAAGGCACCACCAGAUCGUGUCUGGGAGCUCCAACAUACGCGUAAGAAUGAUAAAGGAGAACUGUUGUGGUCAGAUCAACAAUCACAACAAAUUCACGGCCAGAUCCAGGAACUUGUGGUUCAACAGCAAUAUGAACAAAACAUGAAUCCAAUGACUGGAGAUGAGAUUUUAGCUACUGUACUUGGCGAGAGAACAUGCUAUGUCCGUGGAAAAGGUUAUGGAAAGACGCCUCUAAAAAAGAGCCGCAUGCGACAUGGGUACUUGGGAUCUAGCCUGUUUUCUGCAAUAGAAGGUGUGCGCCAAGAGAUGCAAGCUGACAUGGAUCGUAAGUUGCAAGAGGAACGUGAACAAAUGCGAGCUGAAAUGGAGAAAAUGUUUCAAGCACAGAUGGAAGAGGAGCGCAGACAAAUGCGACUAGAAAUAGACAAAAGGAUCCAAGAUCAGAUGGUGGCUAAUUUAAUGGUUGGAAUGCAACAGGGUCAAGGUUCUUCAACUGCCCGAGUUAGCAAAGGCAAAAAGCAAAAAAGCCCUGAAGUCAGUUGGGUUGUUAAGCGUAAGCGCAAGUAAUCCUUCCAGGUUUAAUGAACAAAUUUGCAAUUUAUGGGAAGAGAUUUUUACACUCUGAUAUUCAGGUUUAAUAUAUUUAUGAUUUAGUCUGUUUGCCUUC